UUUCAAAGCAGCCAGUAGCUGUUCAACAAGGAAAAUAAAAAUGCAGCAACAAACUCUCGUUCUCGUUUCGAAAAUGGCGAAGAGCCCUCCUCUCAAAGCUCUCUCACUCUUCAAUUCCUCAAUUAAUCAAGGCAUUAACCCGACUCACCAGUCUGUUUUCUUUAUUGUUCACUACCUCCUGAAGUUCAACUUGAAAUCUGAAGUCCAAUCUCUCCUUCUCCAAAUUCUCUCUAAUCGAAUCUCCUCUCCAUUCUUCACUGUUUCAUCUCUUCUCGAAAAUCUAACAGAACCUAUUUCGAUCCCAUGCCCAAAAAUCAGUUCCCUUAUUUAUGAAUCAAUUAUCAGUGUUUAUAUUCAAUCUGGGUCGAUAGAGCUAGCUGUGCUUUACUUUAAUCAAAUGGUUGAUAAAGGCCUUGUUUUCGAACCCAAUAUUUUUAAUACCCUUUUGGAUUCUUUAGUUAAAUCAAAAUGUUUUGAGAAGUUAUGGUUCGUUUUUAAUGAGGUAAAGGGUAAGAUUGAAUUGGAUGUGUAUACUUAUGGAAUAAUGAUAAAGGGCUGUUGUGAGGCUGGUGUUUUUUAUAAAGGUUUUGAGCUAUUGACUGACUUAGAGAAAAUGGGUUUGUCUCCUAAUGUUGUUAUUUAUACUACUUUAAUUGAUGGGUGUUGUAAGAAUGGUGAUGUUAGGAGAGCAAAACUCUUGUUCAAUAAAAUGGGAGAGGUGAAUUUGGUUGCUAAUCAAUAUACUUAUACGGUUUUGAUUAAUGGGUUCUUUAAAAAGGGACUUAGAAAAGAUGGGUUUGAGUUGUUUGAGAAGAUGCAGCUUGAUGGGGUCUUUCCUAAUUUAUAUACUUACAAUUGUAUGAUCAAUGAGUUUUGCAAUGAAGGGAAACUGCAUAAAGCUUAUGAAUUGUUUGACGAAAUGUGUAAGAGAGGUGUGGUAUCUAAUGUUGUUACUUAUAAUACUUUGAUUAGUGGGUUGUGUAGAAAGACAAGGAUUUGGGAGGCUGAGAAGUUGGUGGAUCAAAUGAAGAGAGCUGGUAUUAGUCCAAAUUUAGUUACAUAUAAUACUCUAAUACAUGGGUUUUGUAGUGUACAGAAGUUGGAAAAGGCUUUAAGUUUGUUUGAACAAUUAAAGUCAAAUGGUUUAUCUCCAUCUUUGUUUACUUAUAAUAUUUUGAUUGAAGGAUAUUCCAACGGAGGAAACUGGGUGGAUGUCACUGAUUUAGUGAGGGAGAUGGAGGAGAGAGGCAUUUCUCCUUCUAAAGUGACAUAUACGAUCUUAACUAACGCACAUGUUCGGCUUGGAGACAUGGAGAAAGCAUUUCAUUUUUAUUCUUCUAUGGAGAAAGUUGGCUUAGUUCCUGAUGUCCACAUCUAUGGCGUGUUAUUACAUGGCUUGUGUGUGAAAGGUAACAUGAAAGAAGCAUCAAAACUCUUUAGAUCAAUGGCUGAAAUGAAGUUGGAACCUAAUGAAGUUGUAUACAAUACAAUGAUUAAUGGUUACUGCAAAGAAGGCAACUCCUUUAGGGCCUUGAGGUUUCUCAAAGAAAUGGAGGACAAGAGAUUGGUUCCAAAUGUGGCUAGUUAUAGUUCUACCAUUGGAAUUUUGUGCAAGGAUGGUAAGUGGCAAGAAGCUGAGAUCUUACUAAACAAAAUGAGAGGGUCGGGAUUGGAACCAUCAGUUUCAAUCUAUAACAUAAUCUCGAAAGCUAAAUACAGUAAAGAAUUGUUGACUUGAAACACUAACGUGGAUUUAGAGAAAAAACUGGAAGUGGAGAGAUAACAUUAAGAAGGCUGUCUUCUGACUUCAAUCUUAAUGCUUUCAUUGCCGAAGUAUAAGCAAAGAGAUUCACUAGAAGAAAGGGUAUGUGUCAGCUAUCUUUGGCUUCAUAACAAGCAGUCUCUCAUAUGUUUUCACUGUCUCAGAUAUCACCUUUUGAAAUGGUAACUACAUGCUUAUUUAAAUGACUAAUGUUAAAAUGUCUUUUCAAAUGUUGUAUUGAAAUGAUUGCAUUUUCCUUUACUCAACACCCCGUCAUUCUUUCUUCUCUUGCAGAUGAUAGAAAUUAAGCAGUUGAUUGGUACAAAUUAGUAGGGAUUUUAUUCCUUUCUUUCUUUAGAAAGAUGAUUGAGUUAAUCCUCGAUUAUAUGGGAUUUUUCCUCUCUUUCCUUGUAUAGCUUCAUGUACUGUAGAUUAUAUAUACUGUAAUUCUUCUUUUGUUAAUGAUCAUAAAAAGAAAUUCCUUCAUAAUUGUGUUGAUUGAUAUGGUAUCAGAGCCACCUUCAAUAUUCUUUUGGAAUUGAAGCUGGCACAAUUAUUAUUUCUGUUUAUACGCUUCUGUUGUAGUUUCUUCUUUGUGCCAUUGUCACUAUGUCUGAUUCAAAAAAGGGUGACAAUAGUUCUUAUGAGAGAAACAACAACUCUACAACUGUUUUUCUAAUACAGGAAAAUUCUCUAAUCACCUCAGAACGCCUUGAUGGAACCAACUAUAUCGAAUGGUCCCUGAAUGCCCAAAAUAAGAUUCAUGGACGAAAGCCUUGGGGUUUUAUUUCAGGUACGAAAGUCCCAUCAAAAGAUGAACUUUCAGAAGGGUAUGAAUCAUGGCAAGAAGAAAAUUGCUUGGUCAAAUCAUGGCUUUUUGAUGCAAUGACAAAAGACAUCAGACCAUUAUUUCUUCGCUUGGACACGGCAAAAAAAAUAUAGGAUGCUGUGAAACAAUCAUAUUCUGUCGAGCAAGAUGCUUCAAAGGCAUAUCAACUCCAUUGUGAAGUGAUGUCUAUUUGGCAAGAUGGUGAGUCCAUUAUUUCUUAUUUUGGAAAACUACAAAAGAUUUGGCAGCAAUUUGAUGAUAUUGAUGACUGUACUAUGGAGUGUACAAUUGAUAUCACCAAAUUUACUGCAAAGGUAAAUGCACAACGUGUGUAUAUUUUUUUGGCUGGAUUGGAUUCUCAAUUGGAUGGGGUAAGAGGCCGAGUACUUGCUACUAGACCCCUCCCAAAUAUCCAGAGUGUGUAUGCUGUGGUUUGUGCUGAAGCUAAUCAACAAUUAGCCAUGAUUGGAGGGACACUUGGAGAAGGAGCUGCAAUGAUCACAAGAAGGACCUCCUCAUCAAAAAAGGAUCGUAAAUGUACUCAUUGUAAUGGCACAGGUCACACAAUAGAGACAUGUUUUCGACUGCAUGGGUAUCCAGAUUGGCACCCCAAAAGUAAGAAGGCACCUCAAGCAUCCUCUAAUAACCAAAAGGAGAACACCAACCCAAAGGUUAAUCUAGCCACAAGUUAUGAAUUUGCUGCUCAAUCAGGUACAUCCCUUACUAGUAAUAGUGAUUGGAUAAUUGAUUCAGGUGCAACAAAUCAUAUGACUUGUGAUAGACACAAAUUCAGUCAGCUAUCCUCUAAUUGCUCUAUGAGUGCUGUUAUUAAUGCUAAUGGAGUUUCUUCACCAAUUGUUAGUAUUGGUACUGUCCCAUUAUCUCUUUCUUUUGAUAUAAAAGAUGUAUUAUUUGUGCCAUCAUUAAAGUGUAACCUUCUUUCAGUACAAAAAUUAACCAAAUCCAUAAUCUUUCUUGUACCUUUUUUUCCACUCACUGUGUUUUUCAGGACCUUCACAUCAAGUUGAAGAUUGGCAGUGGUAGAGAAAGAGGAGGAUUGUACUAUCUGGACGAUGGUUUUCAACAGCAAAGGGCAAGCUCAUGCGGUACAAGAGAAUUCAGUUGACAAGAAAAAAGAACAGAUAUGGUUAUGGCAUAAACGAAUGGGACAUCCAUCUUUCUUUUAUUUGAAAAAAAUUAUUUCCUUCAUUAUUUGUUGGAUUUAGUGUCUCAGAUUUUACUUAAACUUGUGCUCUAGCAAAAGGUCAUCAUACUCACUUUCCUUCAAGUGAAAAUAAAACAAGUAAGCCAUUCACUUUGGUUCACCCUGAUGUUUAGGGGCCAGCACCUAUAUCAACUCUUAAUGGAAUAAAAUGGUAUAUUUCUUU